UUAAAAACCAAACAAGUCCCAAAGGCAAAGUGUACAGAAAAGCCUCACUCACUUCACUAAACAUGUCUGUCUUUUCUCACUCUUCAUUGCUUCUUUGUCUGUUGUUCCUCUUAAUUACUUGUUUUAACUUUAAUCUAGUUUUAACAGUUUCUAAUUCUUCAAAUAAUCAUUCUUCUAAUUCAACUUCAUCCAAAGUCCCUACUAAGAUUGGAAAAGGUUACCGUUUAAUUUCUGUUGAAGAGACACCUGAUGGUGGCUUCUUGGCUUACUUGCAAGUUAACAAGAAAAACAAAAUCUAUGGCUCUGAUAUCUCCCUAUUGCGCCUAUUUGUCAAGCAUGAAACAGAGGAGCGUUUAAGGGUACACAUAACAGAUGCAGAAAAACCUAGAUGGGAAGUACCCUAUAAUCUUUUACCCAGAGAAAAACCACCCACAUUGAAACAAACCCUAGGAAAAUCUAGAAAAAUCCCACUUUCAGACUCAGAAAUCUCAGGAAAUGAGCUUAUAUUCAGCUACACAGUUAACCCAUUUACCUUUUCAGUCAAAAGAACUUCAAACGGGCAAACCCUUUUCGAUACAAGAUCCACCGACUCCGACCCGUUUAACAGUUUGGUGUUUAAAGACCAAUACCUUGAGAUUACCACUAAAUUACCCUCUGAUGCUUCACUUUAUGGGCUUGGUGAAAAUACCCAACCCCAUGGAAUUAAGUUAUACCCGAAUGAGCCUUACACACUUUAUACAAUGGACAUUUCUGCCAUUAAUCUUAAUACAGAUUUAUACGGGUCGCACCCGGUUUAUAUGGAUCUUAGGAGUGUGGGUGGGCAACCCUCAGCUCAUGCUGUUUUGUUGUUGAAUAGCAAUGGGAUGGAUGUGUUCUACACUGGGAGGUCCUUGACAUACAAAGUGAUUGGGGGUGUUUUCGACUUUUACUUCUUUUCGGGUCCUUCACCUCUUGAUGUUGUGAAUCAGUACACUAGCUUGAUUGGAAGACCUGCUCCUAUGCCUUACUGGGCUUUUGGUUUCCAUCAAUGCAGAUGGGGUUACCAUAACCUGUCGGUGGUUGAACAUGUAGUUGAGAACUACAGAAAGGCACAAAUACCACUUGACGUAAUAUGGAAUGAUGAUGAUCAUAUGGAUGGGCACAAGGACUUCACCCUGAAUUCUGUAAAUUAUUCGCGUCCAAAGCUUUUGAACUUCCUUGAGAAGAUACAUGCUCGAGGCAUGAAGUACAUUGUUAUCAAUGAUCCUGGUAUUGCUGUUAAUUCCAGUUAUGGUACAUACCAAAGAGGCUUGGCUAACGAUGUUUUCAUUAAGUAUGAGGGAAAACCCUAUUUAGCCCAAGUGUGGCCUGGGGCUGUUAACUUCCCUGACUUCCUCAAUCCCAAAACGGUAGAUUGGUGGGUAGAUGAAAUCCGCCGGUUUCAUGAACUAGUUCCAGUUGAUGGUUUAUGGAUUGACAUGAAUGAAGCCUCAAAUUUCUGCUCUGGGCUUUGCACAAUUCCAGAGGGUAAAAAGUGUCCCUCUGGGAUUGGACCUGGAUGGGUUUGUUGCUUAGAUUGCAAGAACAUCACAAAAACAAGAUGGGAUAAUCCACCUUAUAAGAUAAAUGCUUCAGGGAUAACUUCACCUAUUGGUUAUAAAACCAUAGCUACCAGUGCAGUUCACUACAAUGGGGUUUUAGAGUAUGAUGCUCACAGUUUAUAUGGCUUGUCAGAAGCAGUUGCAACUCACAAGGGCCUUCAAGCUAUUGAAGGUAAGAGGCCAUUCAUUUUGUCACGCUCUACUUAUGUGGGUUCCGGACAUUAUGCUGCCCACUGGACUGGUGAUAAUCAGGGAACUUGGAAUGAUCUGAGGUACUCGAUUUCUACCAUGCUGAAUUUUGGUAUAUUUGGAGUUCCAAUGGUUGGUUCCGACAUAUGUGGUUUCUAUCCUCAACCUACGGAAGAACUUUGCAACCGUUGGAUCGAAUUGGGUGCUUUCUAUCCAUUCUCUAGAGACCAUGCUAAUUACUAUUCACCGAAUCAAGAACUCUAUGUAUGGGACACUGUUGCUGAGUCAGCUAGGAAUGCCUUGGGUAUGAGGUACAAGCUUCUUCCUUAUCUUUAUACACUAAACUACGAGGCACACACUACUGGUGCACCCAUUGCUAGACCGCUAUUCUUCACAUUCACCAACUACACAGACUGUUAUGGGUUGAGCACACAGUUCUUGCUGGGUAAUGGUCUGAUGGUAUCACCAGUUCUUGAGAAGGGAGUGACAAGUGUGAAGGCACUUUUCCCACCAGGGUCAUGGUAUAGUAUGUUUGAUAUGACUCAGGCAAUUGUAUCAAAACAAGGUAAGUAUGUUACUCUUGAUGCACCAUUGAAUGUGGUGAAUGUACAUCUGUAUCAAAAUAGCAUACUUCCUAUGCAACAAGGUGGAAUGACCUCGAAAGAAGCAAGGAUGACACCAUAUCAUCUAGUAGUAACUUUCCCUGCUGGGGCUAGUUAUGGACAAGCCAAAGGGAAUCUGUUUGUCGAUGAGGAUGAGCUACCUGAAAUGAAAAUGGGCAGUGGGUCUUCGACCUAUAUCGAUUUCUAUGCAACUGUGGAUCAUAGUAAGGUCAAGGUUUGGUCGGAAGUUCAAGAGGGAAAGUUUGCCUUAGACAAAGGGUGGACUAUUGGCAAGAUUUCUGUGUUAGGAUUGGGAGGAAGCGCAGGAUCCAUCGCUAUUGAAGUUGACGGAAAUGAAAUAACCAGUACACCAGAUGUAGCUACAAUUACAUCAUCGGAGCAGAGUUACCAUGAAAAUUCUGAUGUAGAUGGUGUGAUGACCAGUGUGAUGGUACAGAUCAGUGGGUUGUCUAUGCCAAUUGGUAAGAAUUUUGCCAUGACCUGGAAAAUGGGUGUUUAGGCUUUGUGGUUGAUUCAAUUCGUAGAGCAGGUUCAUAUUUUUGGACCAGUGAGACAUUUUUGUUUGUUACUCCCUGUGAUAUCAGGAAAGGGAAGGAAAAGAGUAGAAUUUGUGAUCAUCCUGGAAAAUAGACUUAACAUUGAAACAAGUUGUAAUACAUCUCGAGGCAAUUUAGUUGCAUCAUGUUACGCUGCAUUCUUCUCUGUAUACGAAUAAAACCUCACAUGUUUCAAAUCUUCCAA